AUGCCUCGUGCCCCUCGACUGACAUGCACCAAUAAUCAUUCGAAUUCCGAGCCCUUCAUACAGCGUGCCAUAAUCAUUUCCGGAUUUCCAUGCAUCGGAAAAUCGUACUUCAAGGAGAAUAGGCCUGAUUUGAAAGUCUACUAUCUCGACUCCGGAGAAAACGACCACAAAGAUAAAGCAGGGGUAUGGAUGCAGCAUUAUUUGGAAAAGGUCAUCGAGGCUGUUACAGAGCCCCACGGUAUCGUUAUGGUCAGUUGCCACAAGGACUUCCGCAAGAGAAUGCAAGAGGCUGGCCUGCGUUACAUCCGUGUCUAUCCCAGACCAGAGCUCAAGGACGAAUGGCUGAAUCGUCAGGAGUGUCGUGCAGGAGGCAAGGAUAUCCUCUGGAACAAAAUGAAUAAGGAUUGGAAUGACUGGAUGGAAAUCCAUGGAGGUUUCCAAGGUGAAACAUCUCCUGAGGUUAUUCUUGGGCGUGACGAUCACUUGAUUGAUCGUUUGACAGAAAUCUGCGAGGCAGCGAGGAAUCUGUAG